UUUACCGGGAAGGCUUCCAUUUUGUCAACCAUGUGGAGCGAAGAAGCAGAUGAAGGCCACGCCGAGGGUGUGAUCGACAGUGCAUACGACCCCUACUCCUACAGCUACCCGGCUCCGGAGUAUGAGCUGCAUACAGGGGACCCACGCCAGGACCUGGAGUACGAGCGUCAGUACCAGCAGUCAUACAUCGUCCCCGAACUCAUCAAGAACUUCCUUGUCCACUUCCAGAAGUGCAUCAAUGACUGCAACCUGUAUGAGAUACAGAACGCUUACGAGAGCGGAUUCAACAAGCUAACGGACAGAUUCUUCAAGAACUCCCCCUGGCCUGAGGCGGAGCACAUUGCGCCUAUUGUCAACAAUGAUCCGGUGUUUCUAAUCCUGUACAAGGAGCUGUACUACCGGCAUAUCUACGCCAGGGUCACGAGUGGUCCUACAUUGGAGCAGAGGUUUGAGUCUUACUACAACUACUGCAACCUUUUCAACUUUAUUCUCAAUGCAGAGGGACCUGUGCACAUUGAGCUGCCGAACCAGUGGCUGUGGGACAUCAUCGAUGAGUUCAUCUACCAGUUUCAGUCAUUCAGCAUCUACCGCUGUAAGCUGAACAAGAAGCCUGACGAGGAGAUUGACUGCCUGCGUACAAACCCCAAGAUCUGGAACGUACACAGCGUCCUGAACGUCCUGCACUCCCUUGUUGAGAAGUCCAACAUCAACCGACAGUUGGAGGUCUACAUCAGCGGAGGUGAUGCUGAGAGUGUGGCUGGUGAGUUUGGCCAGCACUCACUGUACAAGAUGCUGGGCUACUUCAGCCUGAUCGGCCUGCUGAGACUGCACUCCUUGCUGGGGGACUACUACCAGGCCCUCAAGGUCCUGGAGAACAUUGACUUCAACAAGAAGAACCUGUACUCCAGAGUGCCAGCCUGUCAGAUCACCACCUUCUACUACGUGGGCUUCGCCUACAUGAUGAUGCGGCGCUACCAGGAUGCCAUCCGAACCUUCUCCAACAUCCUGCUGUACAUCCAGCGCACCAAGUCCAUGUUCCAGAACAGGGCGUCCUUGUAUGACCAGAUCUCCAAGCAGAAUGAGAAGAUGUACACACUGCUGGCCAUCUGCCUGGUGCUCCACCCCAUGAGGAUUGACGAGAGUGUCCACUCCCAGCUCCGGGAGAAGUUCGCAGACAAGAUGCUCCGUCUGCAGAAAGGUGAUGUGGCCGAGUUUGAACAAUCCUUCUCCUUUGCUUGCCCCAAGUUCCUGUCCCCAGUGCCACCUAACUACGAUGGCGGGGGCAGCAACUACCACAAGGAGCCGUUCCAGCUGCAGUUGACGGUGUUCCAGGAGGAGGUUCGGCAGCAGAUCCUUGUGCCCACCAUCAGGAGUUACCUGAAACUUUACACGACUCUGCCCAUCUCAAAGCUAGCGGUCUUCAUGGAUAUGUCAGAGGAGCAGCUGAGGACUCAUCUCAUGUGUUUCAAGCACAAGAUGAAGAACCUGGUGUGGACGAAAGGCACAAGUGGGCUCGAGGGAGAAUUCCAGUCGGCUUCAGAAGUGGACUUCUACAUUGAUAGGGAGAUGAUUCAUGUCGCCGACACGAAGGUUGCUAGAAGAUAUGGAGACUUCUUCAUCAGACAGAUUCAUAAGUUCGAGGAGAUUUCACGGACACUUAAACCUUCACAGCCGUAACGGAACAGUGUUUUGCAGCAAUUAGCAACCCAAAUUCUGGAUAUUUAAGAUGUAUUUAAAAUAAUGGUAUCUGAUUUAUUCAACUUCAAAUAUAAUACCUUGAAAGCAUGGUCUUGUAUCUUGUGGUUUUAAAGUGUACAAGCAUGUAUUAAAACAUGACAUAAGAAUUUAGGCUGAAACCAACAUCACAAAUUCUGAAAAUUUAUCUGAAAUGUAUUCGAAAUAAUGGUACUGGAUCCAUUGAACUUGAAAUAUCAUACUUUCAAAUUAUGGUCUUGUAUCUUUCAGUUUCAUUGUGUACUAGUAUGUUAAUAAUCACACGACAUAAGAAUUAAAAUAAACUGACAAAGAAAUGUUGCUGUACCA